AUGUGCGUGGAUAAUAACGCGACGGUGUCCAUGCAGUGCAGCCACGUACGUACGUACGCACAGGUUCCGUCGCCUGCCUGUGCACGGAAUGCGCAGCGCACAAAGAUGCAUUUGAAACUGAUACCUAUGAUCCUGAUGGGCCUGGUGGAGGGUUACCGUGUGAAUGGCAGCCCGGCCGGCGAGGGCCUGGACCCGCUGUACCACGGCGAGUCGUUCGACCCCCUGGGCCUGGCUGACGACCCGGACACCUUCACCGAGCUUAUGGUCAAGGAGACCAAGAACGGCCGCCUGGCCAUGUUCUCCAUGUUCGGCUUCUUCAUGCAGGCCAUUGUGACCGGCAACGACCCUAUUGAGAACCUGAACGACCAUCUGGCCAACCCGGGCGUCAACAACGCCUUCGCCUUCGCCACCAAACUCGUGCUCAGCGCGUAA